AUGUCUUUGACAGAAGAAGAACGCAACGCCAUCAAGGCCAAGUACGCAGAGGAAAGACAAAAGCGAGUCCGUGCCGACGGCCGGUCCCAAUUCCUUCGCGUCUUCGAUUCGGACAAGUUCAAGAAGUUUGGCGCAGACCCGUGGGUUCGGAGCGAGCCUCAUGACUUGAAGCUCACGCCGCCCCUGCACGAUGGCCAGCACUCGAAAUUUGUGAUUUUGGGCACAGGCUUCGCCGGGAUCCUGUACGGCAAGAACCUUCUCGAGUCCGGCGUCCCCCUCGAGGAUAUCAUCUUGAUCGACCGCGCCGCCGGCUUCGGAGGCACCUGGUAUUGGAACAGAUACCCAGGGCUCAUGUGCGAUGUCGAGAGCUACGUCUACCUACCGGAGUUAGAGACUACGGGAUACGUGCCAAAACACAAGUAUUCAUACGGCACUGAGAUCCGCCAUUACGCCAAUCUCCUUGCGUCACGAUAUAACCUCGCGUCGAGAGCCUCGUUCGAAACGGAAGUGGAAGCUGCCACCUGGGACGAAGUGGGCAAGGAGUGGAUUUUCAAAGUGGUGACCAAGGAUGAUAAGGGGAACCCAACUCCCAUCACCAUCCGCGGAGAUUACUUCCUCCUCGCGCCCGGACUCCUCGUCCGACCUAAGCUACCUGCGAUCCCUGGGAUCGAAGACUAUACUGGCCAUAUCUUUCACACAUGCCGAUGGGAUUAUGAAUAUACGGGUGGCAAUUCCGCGGACUGGCAGAUGACCAACCUCAAGGAUAAGAAAGUCGCCAUCAUUGGCACUGGUGCUUCGGCUAUCCAGGCCGUCCCUGAGCUUGGAAAAUGGGCAGGCCAGCUCUAUGUCGUUCAACGAACUCCCGCCGGGGUUGAUAUUCGUGGCCAGCACCCAACAAAUCCAGAGACGGUGGAAAAAGAGAUGAAAUCCCCCAACUGGCAAACUGAAAGGAUCCGGAACUUUCUGUAUAACAUGUCUGACCCUCUGGAGGAAGACACCCCCGACCUGGUUAAAGAUCAGUGGACGGCCUUCCACAGCUCUGCGGCGCUCUGCGGAGGGCCUCGAGCGAAAGAUUUGACAAAGGAGAAGCUCGAAGAAUUCGUGCGAUACUACGAAGACAUGGACAUGAAGCGGACUAAACGCAUUCGAGAACGCGUCGACGAGGUCGUCAAAGACCCCGAGACGGCGAACAGCCUCAAGGCGUGGUACGCUAGCUGGUGCAAGCGUCCCUGCUUUCAUGACGACUACCUACCUACCUUCAACCGUCCUAACGUCCGCCUCGUGGACACCCAUGGCGCUGGCGUAACACGACUAACCAACAAAGGGUUUGUCGUGGGCGAGGAGGAAUUCGAGGUCGACUUGAUCAUCUUUAGCACAGGGUUUGAGUUCGAGGCAUCGAAUUCGCCCGCCUCGCAGGCCGCGAUCCCCAUUACCGGGCGUAAUGGGCUUUCCUUGGACGAGAAGUGGAACCGAGGCGUCGCGACGUUGCACGGCGUCAUGAGCAGAGACUUCCCGAACCUAUUCUGGCUUGGCCUAGUUCAGACCAUGUCGUCGCAAAACUACAUGGUCAAUUUGUCCACGCUGAGCAAACACGCCGUCCAGAUCAUCACGGACGCGAGAAAGAAGGCCAAGGCCGCGGGCGAAGUGAAGGUGGUUGUUGAGCCCACAGACGCCGCCGAGGAGGCUUGGAGCGAUCGUGUCUCCAAGGGCGCGCUCGCCGGCGUGCUGGCCGCCGGCUGCACCCCGAGCUACUACAACCAGGAGGGCGAGUUGCAACAGAUUGUCUCGGGCGAGGAACAAGCGAAGAUGGCCAGGAAGGCGACGUGGAUGGCCGGCCCGCUGGACUUUCUCGACUUUCUGGAUUCGUGGCACCAGAAGGGUGACCUUGGGGAACUUGAGAUCGCCGCCUACUGA